AUUCUGACUUUAUUCACCUAGAACAGUCUAUAUUUGCUUCAAUUUCGAGUAUUGCACGAUUGAUUCCCUCUACCAAAUUAUAUGUUCGGUGUUCUUUUAGCAGUAUCAGCUUUAAUUCUUUCAAUCUCUCUUUUCGCUUAUAAACGGUAUGGUCAUAAAGUUCCUUCAGAUCAAAAGAUAGAAAACUCCAAUUGGAUUUCAAAAGAGACGAAUCUAAAUCAGGAUGAAUCAGUAAAUGUCGAAAAUACUGCAGAGAUCUUAAGGUAUAAUAAUAGAACAAACUGACUGGCCAUAAAGAGUCAUAUUUUUAUUAGGCAAGAGGGAAAAUUCCCAUUAACUACUUUAUGUGAAUUUAUGGUAACUGUAUCCUCCUUGUAGGAGAUAAUUGAAAGGACCACACCCCUUUGUGAAUGUGUUUAUUUGUUUAAUCUUGUCCUUCUUAGUUAAAUAACUUUAUACUAUAUUUGUUAGAUGUAAACUUUUCUGUCUUUCUUUUAAAUAGACCUCAAGUCGACCGUUGGAAGCUAAUACGAGAAUCACUGAACAACAAGGAACUCUUUAAUAUCUCUUCAAAUAUGGGUGUCACCACCGUAAUUAAAGAUUAUGGCUCUGAUAUCUUGGAGGCGAUAAGGGAAAAUGAUUUGGAAAAGCUUAAAUCAAUAUUUGAGAAAGAAUUAAAGUCUGAACAUAAAAUACAAAAGUUGGUCAUUGCUGAUAUCAAACAUAGGCCGACUAAAAAAUUCGCAUGUCCUCUUAUACUUGCCUCUCGACAAGAAGAUCCAAGAAUAAUGGAAUAUUUCUUGAAAAAAGGAGUAGAUCCAAAUUACGUUCAUCAAACAGUUUAUAGCUCUAGACGACGAGAGAAACUUACCCCUUUACAUAUAAGUGUUGACUUAGGUCUUUAUGCAACAGUAGAAUUGUUACUGUUGGCGAGUGCAAACCCAAACAUUGGUGAUCAUAAUCGCGAGACCCCCUUACAUAUCGCCGUUAAGAAACCAGACCGAAUUAUGGCAAGAAUGUUGCUUUCUAGAGGAGCUGAUCCUCAGUUAACAGACUCUAAACAAAAUGCUCCGUUACAUACUGCUACUUUAUAUGGCCAUUUGCAAUUAGUUAGACUAUUAUUGCAUCACAAUGCAGACGUCUUUCAAAAAGGACAAGAUGGAGCUAUUGCUCCCUAUAUUGCAGCGAGAGAAGGCCAUAUUCAUUUGUUACAGUUGUUUUCUGCCAGAGAAAUUAGUUGUGUUAAUAUAAAAUUGCCAUGUUUCGGAGAUAGGCGUGAAAAAACUCCUCUUCACAUAACUGCCGAAAAUGGACAUAGAGAAGCCAUGAAAGCUUUAAUAGAACAAUUUAACGCUGCCAUAGAUAUAAAUGAUUCCCACGAAAAUACUCCUCUACAUUGUGUUGUAUUAAAUGAAUGGUUACCCCAAAAAGGAAUGCGGGAUAAGGAUGAUUUUACUGCUUGUGCAAGAAUUCUACUGAAACAUAGAGUCGCAAUUAACGAUAAAAAUAUCCAUGGAGAGACGGCUCUUCAUUUAGCAGCUGCUAAUCAUUAUCAAAGGAUUGUGGAGAUUUUAUUAGCUCUGGGAGCAAACCCUUUUAUUGAAAAUUCUAAAGGGCAAAAACCUAUCGAUGUAACACCAAGGAACGAUACAGUAACUCAACAACUGUUGAAAAAUGCUAUGCAUUCUAGACCCCGAAAUCCUGAUCUUUCAAAUUCUAUGGAUACUGUUAGACUACAGCAAAUUCUUGGGGAAUACAGUGUUGCUGAAUCAGAGACCCUUCCAAAAGAACUCAUUUAUCAUUCAACACACUCGCCGAAUUCAAAACGCCAUCUUAAUAAAACUCAUGACACUUCUGCCUAUAUGGGCACUGAAGCUGAACAUUAUAAUACUAGCCACUACGGCAGUAGACCUCAUAAUAGAAUGUCAAAUAUGACAGCGGGAACAUCUAUAAAUUCUAUAUUUGAGCAACCACAACAAAAUAAGCCUAACAAAACUAGCACUAUGAAAAGUGGCCCAAAUGACGCGAAGCAAAGGGGAGGUUUAGAUAUUAGUCGAGAAAAUGCAACUCAAACUUCGAAUCUUCAGUUGCACGAUGCAUCAACAGGAACGGGUGCUGCAUAUGAACCACUAAUGACCAGGUCAGAGACCAGAUCAGAAAGACCUCAAAGAUCGUUAAACAAACAGGAACUUGAUAGAAGAGACGCGGAAGAUAGAAAAAAGCGGGAAUUAGAAGAAGAGUUAGCUAAGAGGCAAGAUAGAUUAAUUCUUCUUAUGAAAGAGGAAGAAGAAGAAAAGCAAAAAAUUGAGGAAAAAUUAAAGAGAUUGGAGGAAGAAAAAGAAAGAGAAAAACUUCGAGCUGAAGAGACACUCCGAAGGAGGAGACAAGAAGAAGAGGAAUUGCGAAGAUUGGAAGAGGAAGAAAGAUUAAGACAACAAGAAGAGGAAAUUAAAAGACUAGAAGAAGAGAAAGCUAAAAGAAAACAAGAAUUAGAAAGAAUAAAGAGAGAAGAGCAACGUAUAAGAUACGAACAGGAACAACAACGUUUAAAACUUGAACAAGAAGAUCGAGAAAGAGAGGCGGCUAAAGAAGCUGACAAACAAAGAGAAAAGAAGAAAAAGAAAGAAGAAGUUCAAAAGACAAGGAGACUGAAUGCAGGCAUUACUGAGCAAGUUGAAGAACAGCUGAAACUUCAAGGUUAUAAACCAUAUGUAGAUUCAAAAGGGCGAGUUUUCUUAUUAGAUAUGAAUGGAAAAGUUGUUCUUGAUGGCGAAGGUCGUCCAAUGAAUCUCCAAAUAACACCACCUCAGCAAGAAACAGUUACGAUCAUUCAGGGAGUUGAUAUCUUUGAUCGUCCUAUUUUUAUAACGCACACUGGAAAAUUAAUUGCAACAAAUGCUAAUGGUCAACCCAUAAUUGAUCCUAGUGGUAAACCAGUUUUAGCCUCCUCGCAGCCUCUUGCAAGUACGACUAUUGGGUACAGACCUUUAUUAGAUCAAAAUGGAGAACAGGUUUUUGAUGCUGACAAAAAGCCGCUAUUCUUAGAUGCAAAUGGCCUUGUCAUUCUGCCAUCUGCUGGAGUAUAUAAUGGAAACGAUGCUGACAGUUUUUACAGUGCUGACUUUACCAAUGCAUCGUUUCGAUCUUUUGAUACUUCUAUAACACAAUCUGAGGAGCCAAAUCAGCAGGUGAGCGAUGCUGUCCUCCAAACAGUAAAAGAUUAUACUGGUUCUACUCCAAAAACGCCGACUCCCCGAUACGUAUCUCACCCGUCUACUCCUCCAAGAACUGAAGCUGUGACACCUUUAUGCAAAACUAAAGCUGAUGAUAGUAUCAGAGUAGAAGAUGGUUCUACCUCCCCUGAUCUCACUCCUAAUGUUAGUCUUCGAAAUGCCGUUCAGCGACCUAGGGCAGCUGCAAGAAAGCAUAGGCCUGAUGAAGUUUGGACAGUGAAUAAUCCGUCUUCCAAAGCAGGUGAGCAUAAUAACGCGUGGCCACAAAGGCUUGUUUCGACCGAUAACCGAACUCCAACAGGUUACGUUAUCACGAGAGCCGUAAGUAGCGAUUCAACGGCCUCAAGACGCUCUAUUGUUAGCGAAUCGUCUGAAGCGGAGACAGUUGUCGAAAAACAGGAUAACGAUGUAGUACAAACUGUUACUAAAGAAUCGUCUCAGUUAGGUUUUGCUGAAUUUAUCGAAGUGGUAUCUAGUAGUUCUUCGUCCACCGAAGAUAUAAAAACUGACGUCGGCGAAGACAAUCAAAGAGAACCCAGUGGGCAAGGACAGAGACAACAUUAUUUGGAACAACAGUAUAGGGAGAAGGAGGAGGAAAAGGAGGAAAUGUUGACAUUGAGUGAAAACUUAGGAAUGCGGCUGGAAAUUAAAGGUAGCAAUGACUUACCGAAUAUUUCAGCAGAUGAUGAGGUUCGCUUGAUAACAUCUCAAGUCGCUAAGUUUUCAAAUGAGAAAAGUGUAAUUUCGCCUGUUGCGUGUAGUUCACCGACAGAGGAUAUGGAAGUUCGCGAAUUAUUAUCUAGAAGUCCGCGUGGCAAAAAACGUGUAAUCGUUACACCCGAAAGCAUUCAUAACCUUUCGUCCUCUUCAUCAUCAACAGCCCCAAUUUCGAAUAUUUCUGAUAUAAAGGCUAGAAUGCAUGAUAGAGACAUCGCGAGACGAGAAUUCUUCUCUGUACCACCCCUCAAUAUUGAAUCUGGUGGAGAGCUUUCAGAGAACGAAAUAUCUAGAUAUAGCGUUUUCUCCGAUAAUCCUCCGACUCCUCCUCCGAUUAUUUCGCAAACUGUUCGUGCAAAGUCCACAUCAGAUUUGUACGUUUCGCCCUAUGCACGUCGAGCGGCUAAUCGCCGUCUUCUUUUGUCCACCGCCGUACCCAAACCAUAUAAAUCAUUCGGUAAAGUUGAUGUUAACACUGAUGCUUUAAAAGAGUUUGUCUCUAUACCCAGGAGCGAACAUGGCUCCACAGAAAUUCACAAAUCCCAAAUGGAUUCAAUUAGUGAGGUUUUAGGAGGCGAGGAGUUUACUUUUGGACUAAUAAUAAAACCAAGAGAGGAUGGUAGUUUAAUUGUAAAGGAGGAAAAUGAAUCAAUAUCAGGAGCAAAAUCAACUCCGUCACUCAAUUUUGACGAACCUAGACCCAACAUACCUACUAUGAGUUUAGAUACUGACUUUGAAAAACUGUUAGCUGAGUAUAAAACAAACAAGGGUAAACCAAUUCAAAUAAAGGAAACAAAACUAACUCAAAGAGAAACAUUUAUCUUAGCGAAAUCGGAAAAUAUUGAGGCAGCUGAUCAAAUUAAAGUCAAAGAACAGCUAGCUAAACAAGAUGAGCAAAUAGUUUCAUCAGAGUCAUCAAGAAAACUUAAGGAAAGAGUAAACAUUGCAUCUGUACGAGAUAAAAUAGGGCUCUACGAAUCUCAUACAGCUAAAGAAAUUCAGGAUAUUGUAACGGAAAGUGAAAGUGAGGCAGAAUUUGGCGAGGAAGGGGUUCUUCAGACGGAAGAGGUUAAAAAUAAAUUAGAGGCUCUUGGAUUUAAAUUAACAGAAUUGGAAGAUGGGUCACCAAAAAGACGGAGGAAAAUUGAAGUAUUAAGGGAACAAACCAGUGUAAAAGUAGACAGACCCCAUAAUAUUGAUGAGACAUCUAUAAGUUUGAAAGCUGACCCAUCGGAAAGAUCUUACGAUCUUAGCAGUAGCGAAGAAUAUGAACCGGAAAUUCCUCAAGGUGUUACACUUGAGGGCUUAAACUACCUUGAAACUUCGGUUGACGAUCCAUCUUCUAUGGUAUUAAAAAAGAGCUCCUCCUCUUUAGACAAAGUCGAGGAUGUCAUUCCGAUUUCUAGGUCUCCAAUAAGAAGCUCUAGACAUUCUGUAAACUCUGAUUUAGAAGGUAGUACACAAAAACGUUCUUCGUCGGUCCCUGUCCUUGAUGAGAGUGACGAUGAAGUACUUAUAGAUAACGAACCGUCACUGCGUGAUAGGUCACAAUCUAAUCCUUACAUACUAGAAAGCAAAGACGAUAAAAAUAAAAGUCAACAUUGGUACGGAACGAAAAACAAAGACUUUGUCACAGAUGUUGAUGAAAUCUUGACCGUUGAACGAAGUGCAGGUGAAAUUUUAUCUAUAAAGAUGCAUACAGAGACAGACUUAGAUCAAGCAUCGUUGAAUCCUGUACAAAGAAUAGAUACACCAAAAGAAACUGAUUUACGUCACAUGGAAACAAAUAUUGAUGAUUAUGAAGAAUCAAAACCAAAUUACUUACAACGUGAAAUACAAAUGCAAGAAAAAUCAAAACCACAACCACAGGAUUCUUCUCAAACAGCAAUUAAAGGUCACAAUCAAGGUUUACAAGGGAAUACAAACGUAAAUAUUUAUGAACAGUUCGGUCAACCACAUACUCAAUAUUCUUCGACAGAAGCAUACGCUGGAAUUGAGACAAAUAUAGAUGAUUUUAAUGAACCUCAAAGAGUUUUAUCUAUAACUGAAAUAGAUAGAAAUUCAAAUCAAUUACUAGAAAUUCAGGCCGAUAAGUUAACAAUAUCUGAGACUAAAGACAAUAGUAAUAAAUCUACUGACAAUUCAAGUAACUCCUCACUUAAUAUUGACGAAAGGUUGGAUAGAUUAGAAACAAAUAUCGAUGAUAUCGCUCAAGAAAAUAUAGAACCGGCUCUAAGAAGUGAAAAUAAAGUGAAAGGAGAAAAUUUGCAACCAAUCUUGGAAUCAGGUUUUGUCCACGAGACAAAUCUUGACGAUAUGCCUAGUUCCAAAAUAACUGUUUCAGAACAACAAACUGAAAAGAUUGCUGAAGGACUUGGCCUAGUUAUGACAAAUAUUGAUGAAUAUUCUGAAGAGCCUCGAUCAGGAAAAAGAGCUGUUCAAAAGCUUUCAGAACAGCCUAUUGGACAUCAUCCACAAGAAACGAAUAUCGAUAACUGGCAAAGUAAUUCGUCAAGACCAGAGGAUGAUUCUUCAAACCUUCAACCAAAAAGUCAUAUUGAAACUGAUAUCGACGAUCUUUCAACUGUUUUCGAUAAGGAACCGAGGUCUGGUCGAAGACAUGAUCCUCCAGUUAGCUCAAUGCCAAUAGAUGAAAGUGCUCAGAAACAUAUGGAGACCAAUAUUGAUGAUUUUCCCACGAAUAUUUCUUCAUCGUCAGAAUUAUCUCAAAACGUUCCAAGAGCUCAGCAAAGAGUUUCUCAUGAAGAUACUGAGAAAAAUAAAGGAUUCGGACAGCUACCUGAGGAACUUUUGAAAGAACCAAAAUCUGGUAGAACGCCUGAUAAGAUAAAAGAGCCUGACACACGCACAAAGGUUUUAGAAGAAACCAAUAUUGAUAACUUGCCUAUCAAUGAAAAUAAACCUAAAGCGACUGAAUCUGAUUACCAUGAAGAAGAGCAAAGAAAACCAUUUUUAAUGACUGAUAUUGACGAUCCAACGAUGGUUUUUUCCAGAGAACCAAGGUCAGGAAGAAAUCCUGAACUAUAUGCUGGGGAAGCUGAACAACAAAAUGUGAAAACACAUACAGUAGAAACUGACAUAGACAAUGCUCCUAUUGAGAUGGUGGUCAGUGAAACGAAACCUGUCAGUGGUGAUGUUAAGAAGCCAUUAAUUGACGACAGAGCUUCAGAAAUGAAAAAAAUAGGUUUUGAAACUAAUAUUGAUGACUUUGAAGAAAAUAGGCUUUUGAAGGACGAACAAGCUGCUCAAGACUCACCACUAAGGCCAGAUACUAGAACGAGCCACUUAGAAACAAAUAUUGAUGACAUUCCAAAAUAUCAAUCUGAUGCAGUUGAAAAAGAUCAAACAUUUCCUAAAACUGCUCAGAACAAUCCUAUACUUGCAACUUCAGUAGCAGCUGCAGUUGGAGGUAUAGCAUAUCAAUCAGCGGCUGAACCAUGUACGGAAACAAAUCUAGAUGAUGAAAUACAAUUGAUUAGUAAAAGUGGAGAAACAAGUGAGGAGGACGAGAAAGAACUUGAUAAGCGCAUAGAAGUUGCCCCAAUUGAACCUGACCAAUCAUCUUCAGAUAGUUCGUCCUCGUCUUCUGUUAGUAGUGAUGGUGAGGUUGAAUACAAGCUAAAUGACUUCUCCGAGGAGCCUGGUAGCAAGAGGCCUAGAAACUUAAAACUGAGUAUUGUUGAAGAGGAAUCAGAUGACGAAGUUAACUCUUCAGAGGAAUUAAAUAUCCCUGCUCCGGAGCAAAUUAUGAGGCCAACAUCUAAAAACAAAAGAAAGCGUGCACCCCUUUCACCCCUUUCUCCUCCACUACCCAAUUGUCCUCCUCCUCCGGAUCAGCAGAGGUCCUCAUUUUAUAUUGUACCAGAUAGCCCAAAAUCCACCGUACCUGGUAGGCCCAAAUCUAUCAUUGCUCAAUCUCCAAUGUCUCCUACUAUUUAUGAGGCUGAGGAGCCAUCAGAAUCAAUCGAAAACAUUCCUCGUAAAAUUGACGAUAGGAGAGCACUACCUCUUCAAUCCUCAUCACCUGCAAGUGAAUCUCCGCCCAGCCUACAAAGGAAUGCAAUUCCCUCUCAAAUAUCUCCGAUAGGUCAGAAAACUGGCAGUCCAAAGAGACGACCUAGAGAUCCACCCCCACUUCCACCUCAGGCGAUAAGUUCUCCAACAAAGCUUGAGAAAGAACAGCUUGUUGAACUGUUUCCAAGGGAAUCGGAUUCAACAUUCGCUAUGCAAAGUGAAGAGCCUCUUUUACAGACCGGUCAAAUACAUGAACAAUAUCCACCAACUGAAGGAUUCAGCAAGCCCAAAGAAUAUGAGUCCAAAACCAUAUAUAGUGAUUCUGCUAGACCUGAAUCGCUUAUUGAACCUCCGAUAAUGCCUCCAUCUCCCACAGAGGAUCAACAAUGGCAAUUAGAGCAGCUACGCAGAGCUAAAGAGGAAUCGACCAAUCAAACACCUCCUAAGCCGACUGGCGAAGCCCGUAAACCAGUACCCUUGACGUUUGUUAGAGGAGUUUAUAGACCAACUGAAGUUAAAUUCGUACCGGGCCAAAUAAAUCCUAAAUCAGAUACGUCACCAGCUGCUGAUGAGGUAUAUGACUUGCCUAUAAGAUCCCCUAGAGCUUACGUGGAGAGUGACAGCCACGUAGUGAGCGCGCUUUGGUCGAGUGCUAUAAACACAAAUCCAGAAACGGUUUAUGCGAAAAAAUCCGAGCCACAAGACAAAAAAACAUACGAACAAUUUGCUCAAGAAGAUACUGAUAUUAUGAAGACGAAUGAGCGUAAAGGAUUUUUUAAAGGAUUUCCAUCACUAACUAGGAAAUCAAAAGCAAAAUCAGAUGAUGAAGGAAUAGUUACCAGAGGAUCUAAAACUGAUGAGGAGAUAUUGUCAGAUACAGACAGGGAGAAAUCAUGGGAUGCCUCUAAAAUGGCUGCUUUCUUUAAGGGGAGGAAGAGAAGCAAAUCUAAAGAUAGAGAAAGUGAAACUUUUGAUGAUACCGAACAAUCUUUCGGACCUGACGACAGUCCAAAAAAGAAAUCAAUAUUCAAAUUCCCUUCUUUACGAAAGAAGAAAGAUAGUAAAUCUGAAGCACAGGAUGUCCCUAUAUCUCCUGAUGGUCAGCCUUACGGUAUAGAAAAGACUGUUAUGGGCUCUAGCGUUGAGCGAUCUGAUACAGUUAAAGAAGCAAAACGUAAAGCAGGUUUUCUGAGUUUCCUAAAAAGACGCAGCAGCGAUGUUGUGUCACCAGAGAGGGAAGUCAAAAACUUUAUUAAUGAAAGGGGACAAUUCGUCAAUGAGAGAGGAAUUCUUAUUGAUGAUAGAGGACGGAUGAUAAAUAACAGAGGACAACUUAUAAAUGAUCAAGGACAAUUGAUCAAUGAUCAAGGACAGCUAAUAAAUGAUCAAGGACAAUUGAUCGAUGAGUACGGAAGACUAAAAACUGAUCAAGGUCAUCAAUUUGAAAAUUAUGAAAGGUUCACAAACAAUCAAGGAUACCAAAGAAAUUCUAGGAGCCGGUUAAUAGAUAACAGAGGAAGACUAGUCAACGAAAAGGGUCAGCUGAUCAAUGAAAUAGGUCAAAUAAUUGAUGAAAAGGGUAAUAUAAUAGACCCUAGAAUUCCAGAAACCGAACCCCAUCAUAGGGACAGAGGCCAAUUAUUUAAUGAAAAAGGUCAGCUAGUUGAUAGCUUCGGCAGGCUCAUAAACGAGCAGGGACAACUGAUCGACGGUUUCGGAAGACCAGUCGAUGAAAGAGGUCACUUAAUCAACAACCGAGGUCAAUUAAUAGAUCACAAUGGAAGAUUGAUCAAUGAAAAAGGUCAAUUGAUUAACAAACUAGGUCAACUAAUAAAUGAAAAAGGUCAAUUAGUAAAUGAAAAAGGAUUCCUAGUAGACGAACAAGGUCGCAUGAUAAAUAACAGAGGUCAAUUAAUAAACGAAAGGGGCCAAUUUGUUAAUGAAAAAGGACAAUUACUUAAUGAUUAUGGUCAACCCGUAAAUGAUAAAGGUCAAUUAAUAGAUGCAUACGGAGAAGUUUUGCCCGUUGUGACUUUGUUAAGUGACGAAGAUUUAAAAAGUACUUCACCAAAAUUAAGAGUUAGAGAAACAGAUAUUGAUUCCGAUUUACCUACAAGUAAUAUUUCUGAGAGACCUUUAAGUAAAGAUGAUAAUGAACAAAUAACUGCAGAGAAAGAGACUCCAGCGUCUCUAUACCAUAAAAUGCUAGCCAAUUCAUGGUCAAAUACAAAGCCUGAUCCUACACAAGUACGACAAAUGCCAAAACAAACAAGAGGAUCAACAGCCUCAAAUCAAUCAAGCAGAUUAUCUGAAAAUGAGCCUGGUAUGAAUAGAAAUUCAGACAGUUUAUACGAUGAAUCGCAGCCCAGUGGAAUUUACAGACAAAAUUCAGGGAAUCAAUCAGGAAAAUCUAUUUUGAGACAUCAUGGACGAUACGAAGAUGGAGAUAUUGGAAUGCGAAGUAGGCCUAAUAGAUUUGAAAGCGAAGGCGAAGCCGAUACAGAAGGUUUUGAUGAAUCACGAGGUGACUUGGAUCCUAUUAAUUCCCUCCCUAGGAGGCCGUUAAUGCCUAGACGUAUGGGCUUUCCUGAAAAACAACCUUCAACACCUCAUACUAAUGAUACAACACCUCCAGUUUAUAUUGGAGAUGAAAAUCAAAAGCCUGCUGAGAUAGAUUACACAAAAUUUGGUCUGGCAGCCAAACUAUUUGCUGAUAGAAUUGGACCCCCUCCACCGAUUGAAAAGUCAAAAACAAUGUAUAUGACUAUGGUUAAUGACAUUCCAGAGGACGUCAGAUUGAACCGUCAAUCGACGAGUUCAGAAGUUUUCAUUCCAGCUAGAUCAAGAAUUCCAGCGGAAGUACUAAAUGCGCCUAAAGUUGAACUUCCAGAACCAGACGACAAUAAACUAACUCCGCAAUGGGUAAUUGUCCGAGGACGAGCAGUAAGACGUCGAAAGAAGAAAACGAGAAGAGGAAAGACAAAGAUUGUUACUGAAUUAGACCUUGCUGGAAGAAGAAUCUUCUUCAAAGUUGGUUCAAACUGGCAAGAUUUGGCUUACUCAUUAUUCGCUCAACGUCAACCUGAAGCUUCGACAAGGAGAAUGAUUCAAGAAAUUCGCAUGAAAUGGUCCGGUUAUUUGCCAAAUCAGGUACAACAAAUGAUGAGACGUUGGUGGAAAGAUAGAGGUCAGUACGCUACUAUAGAAGCCUUGAAAGUCGGUUUGGACGCCUCUAAAAUUCCAUACUUAAUGGAGCAAUUCGAACACGAUACCGGCACUACGACUUGUACUGACACGGAAACGGAUGGCGAAGAAUUGGCUUUAUCGGAAAUGAGUGACGUUGAUGAAGAUGUAAAUAGACUUAUCCAAGAAUACGAAGUAAAAUCAUUAAAUUCAAGUUUCGAAUCGGGAGAUUUCAAUCUCAGUGUGGAUAAUCUAUUAAGACCGUCAUCACGCCAUCAAUCGAGAAAUUCUAGCUUCUUCGAUGAGAGUAUCAUAACUGAAGGUGGAACUAGAAUUUCAAAACCUCAUUUUGCUAUUGAUAAGCCCCAAAGUGCUGAGUACCGGCACGAAAGUACAGUCUGA